GUUUUCCUCAACUGCCCUGGUGCAGUGGUGCUCUGGUGGAUGCGUUAUAAGGGAAGUCUUGGGUUUGAUACACAGCAGAGGUAAAUCAGUAAUUUAUAAUUUUAAGGUUUGAACCCUGGCUGUCAAGGUCAUGCAACCGCAACAUAUCCAGACGUAUGGAAAAUUUCAAGAGUUACCCCAAUCCCUAAAGAGAGAUCUAGUAAUAAAAUUGAUAAUUUCAGGCCUUUUGCUGUUCUUUCUGUAUUCGCUAAGCUGUUUAAAAUCGCUGUGAACAACCAAAUUAAACUGCAAACAGGCAUUUACUUAACGGAUUGGCAACAUGGUUUCCGGGCUGAUCGCUCCACUUUGGCUAAUAACAGAAAUUUAGAUUACGCCAUUAAAGAAAUGGAUUCUGGCCGUCAAAUUGACAUUGCUUAUUUCAACUUCAAAAAAGCAAGCAACAGUGUUGAAAUCAAUAUACUCUUACAGAAAUUGUCUAAUAUCAGGUUUACUCCUAAGCUUUUGGAAUUUUUUCGAAGUUAUUUCUUUAACAGGCAGCAGUAUGUUUAAUUAAGUGUUCGGAUCUGAUUAUUCUACAACGUCAUCAGGGGUAAGUCAAGGGAGUACCUUGGGCCUACCCUAUUUUUAAUAAUGAUCAACAAUCUACCAGAAGUGGUCAAGAAGGCAAAAUUUUUAAUGUUCGCAGACGAUUUAAAAUUAUUUCUUGGCAUAAGCGAAAUUCAUGACUGUUCUCAGCUUCAACAGGAUAUUGACAAUGCGGUGAAGUGGGGGAAAAUAAAUUUCCUGGUAUUUAAUACAGCGAAAUGUAAAAUUAUUACUUUAUCUCGCAAACAUAAUCCAAUUUCAAUUCGACUAUACUAUAUCCGAGGUAAAAUUAGAAAGGAUAACACAAAUUCGUGACUUAGGUUUGACUAUCGAUUGUCAACUUACAUUUGGCGACCACAUCAAUAGGAUCUGUAAAGAAGCACAUAAACUUUUAGGAUUUGUUAUACGCCAAGGAAAGAAAUUUACGGAUCCUAAUGUUACACUAAUCUUAUAUAACGCCUAUGUACGUAGUAAGUUAGAAUACAAUUCGGCAGUCUGGAGCCCACUUAAUGCAAAUUACACACUUGCUAUUGAAAAAGUCCAACGCAGAUUUGCUAGGAAUUUGUUUAUAAAAUGUAUGGAUACUAUUUCUAUAUAUACCCUUCAUUAUUUGUAUCAGGUAUGGUGGGUUUGGAUACUUUGGAACAAAGGCUUCGAAAGGCCUGUCUCUUACUCCUUAACAAUAAGGUUGACAAUCCAGACACACUUAGAAAAUGCUCGUUAGCUGUGCGAGUGCCUGUUAAAACGAUUAGACAGAAUGAUGGAAAACCGCAGUACAUUUGUGUGGAAUGUGUACAGACACUUUGUAAAGCUGUUGAGUUGAAGCAAGUAGCUGAGGUGACCCAAUGGAGGUUAGCACAAGAGGCUGAGAUGGUGUCUGAAAGUGCAAGUAAUGACUAUGUUGAUGACUGUAACAAUCAUGAUGAUGAAGAAAUAGUCAUUGAAAAUUUAGAUGCACCUAAGUGUGAAGAAUGUCGAAAGACUCGCGACGUCAAUAACGAUUGUAAACUUUGCAAGGAAAAUGUUAAGAAGCCAAGGUGUGGUCGGGGACCCUAUAUUUGUGAGAGUUGUGGCCUGAAGCUUAAAACUAUGUGGAGGCUGAAAACGCAUAUGCUAGUCCAUACCAACGAAUUCAAUUAUUCCUGCGGAUACUGCCCUUACCGCUCACGAAGUCGCUCCUCACUGCAAAUACAUGAACGCACGCACACAGGCGACCGGCCGUACCAGUGUGUGCAGUGCCACGCCACGUUCUCGAGCGCUUCCAACCUCGCGUCACACAGACGAUCGCACCUACCACCAGUGUUUAGUUGCGAUGUUUGCCAAAGAGGAUUCAAAUUUAAACAGUCACUACUCAACCAUAUAGCAACACAACAUCGGAGUGCUAAGCCAUUUUGCUGCUGUCAAUGUGAAAGUUCAUUUGCUACUAGAAAGAUGCUCUUUUGCCAUGAGCGCAAGAUUCAUGGCAGACCUAGAAUGAGGCAAGGUGCUACUCCUAGCUACAUCAAAUUACAAGAAAACUUUGGUGAAGUUUCACAAGAAGAAUCAUAGUUUAACACAAAUUAUAUAUUUUACCUUAUA